UAAACAGAUGGCACAGCAGAGGGCGGGUGAGCGACUCCAAACAGAGCCAGGAGUGAAAGAAGCAGCCAAGAAGGUAGCAGGGGAGAAAAAUAGAGACAUGUAGACUGUUGACCCCCAGGGAGAUGAGGCCAGCAAGGUAGGGAGCCGGGAGAGGAGCAGGACAGGGAGGAGCUCAGAGCUGGAGGAGCCGAGAGGUGCUUCACAGCCCAGGCAGACAGCACCGUGCGUCCUCUGCAGGUGUCUCCUGAACCCCGUUGUCCGGAUGUGACGCUGACCCAUGCUUUAGCCUUGAACCUCUAAACGAUACCGCUUUCUUCAUGGCUUUGACACCAUACCUAUGUGUCUGCAUACCCUUCAGACUUCCCCCAGGAGCCCUAGAAUCACCUCAAGUCUGCUGGGACAUCCGACAGGUACCCCUGCCUUCACAGUUCCCGUGUGGCUUCCCGAGCUCUGGAAAUGACUUCCUGUGUAGUCCACAGUGUCUCAGAGUCUCACUAUGCAGUUCAUGGUGACCUGGAACUGACUGUGUAGCCCGGGCUGGCCUUGAUGUGUUUGUCUCAGGCUCCCAAGUGCCGGCAUUAGAGGUGUGGGCCAGCGACCCUUGCUAGGACCAUCUUCUGAAUCUCCUGUUACACAAGGAAGAAGCUUGGAAGAGGAGAAAGGAAAGAAAAGGAGUCGAAAAUGGCUGUUACUCAGGGUCUGUUGACAUUCAAGGAUGUGGCCAUAGAGUUUACCCAGGAGGAGUGGAAAGACCUGGACGCUGCUCAGAGGACUUUGUACAGGGACGUGAUGCUGGAGAACUAUGGGAACCUGGUCUCCCUGGGAAUCCAUCCUUUCGACCUGAGUGUUCUCUUCACGUUGGAGCAAGGGGCAGAGCCCUGGAGUGUCUGUGGCCCAGUGAAAGCAUCGACAAACUCACAUGGCUGGGAAUGUGUCAGAGGUGUGACCACAGAUACUUCUCUUCAAUGUACCAUCAAAGAAUUUCCACCAAAAAGGAAAAGUGAUACAGGAGAAAUGUUUCAGACGGUCACGUUGGAAAGGCAUAAAACCCGUCACAUUGAAGAACUGUGCUUCAACAAAAUCCAGAAAAAUAUACAUGACUUUAAGACUCAUUGGAGAGAGGAUAAGAGACUUGACACAGGAUUGUAUGGGACAUACAAGGAAAAUCUCACUGAUACAAGACAUGAAUAUCGUAGAAGGGCUACAGAGAAGGAACAUAUUAAAAAUUGGCUUAAGGUAAGCUUUCCAUCAUAUCUGCCUGAACAACAGCUGUUUGAAACAGAAAGGAACAUCAGUGAGUGGAGUUGCACCAAACAGUCUAUUGGCAGUGAUCCCUCAGUUUCACCCCACCAAACAGAUCCUUCUAGUGUCAAAACAAACAUUUUUCAUGAAUAUGAAAAUGACUUUCUUGAUUCUUUAUUUUUCACACAAGAAUCGGUGAUGCCCAUUGGUACAAAACCUUACAAAUGGAAUGAGUGUGGCAAAUCUUUUAAUCAAGGCUCAUGCUUUACUAUGCAUCAAACAGUCCAUGCUGGAGAGAAACAAUUUCUAUGUGAUGUAUGUGGCAAGGUCUUUAAUCAGAUAUCACACCUGGUAAGUCACUGGAGAAUGCACACUGGAGAGAAACAUUUCAUAUGUAAUGAAUAUGACCAGGUCUUUACUCCAAAUUCACACGUAGCAAAUCAUCAGGGAAUCCAUUCGGGAGAGAAACCUUUCCAGUGCAAUAAAUGUGGCAAGGUCUUUAGUCACAGUCGCUACCUUGCACAACAUCUGAUCAUUCAUACUGGAGAAAAAUCUUAUAAAUGUAAUGAAUGUGACAGGGUCUUUACUCGUAAGUCACACCUAGCAAAUCAUCAGGGAAUCCAUUCUGGAGAGAAACCUUUCCAAUGCAAUAAAUGUGACAAGGUCUUUAGUCACAGUCGUUACCUUACACAACAUCUGAUCAUUCAUACUGGAGAAAAAUCUUAUAAAUGUAAUGAAUGUGACAGGGUCUUUAGUCACAGGUCAUACCUGGCAAAUCAUCAGAGAAUCCAUACUGGAGAAAAACCUUACGAAUGUACUCAAUGUGGUAAACUGUUCAGUCACAGGACAUCCCUAGCAAGGCAUCAAAGAGUCCACACUGGAGAGAAACCUUACGAAUGUAAUCAGUGUGGUAAAGUGUUCAGUUGUAACUCACACCUUGCAGAACAUCAGAUAAUUCACACUGGACAGAAACCUUUCAAAUGUAGUGAGUGUGGCAAAGUGUUCAGUCGUAGUUCCCACCUUGCACGUCAUCAUCGCAUUCAUACUGGAGAGAAGCCUUAUAAGUGUAAUGAGUGUGGAAAGGUCUUUAAUCAGAAUUCAUACCUUAUAUGUCAUCGAAGAAUUCAUACUGGAGAGAAACCUUACAAGUGUAAUGAAUGUAGCAAAGUGUUCAGUCUGAACUCCUCUCUGGCACGGCAUUGGAGAACUCAUACUAAAGAGAGAGCUUACAAAUGUAAUGAAUGUGGCAAAGUCUUCAAUCAGAUAACACACCUUGCCAAUCAUUGUGCAAUUCACAGCGGCGAGAAGCCAUACAAAUGCAGUGAAUGUGGAAAAGUAUUCCAUCAAAUUUCACACCUUGACCAACAUCAGACAAUUCACACUGGAGACAAACCUUUCAAAUGUAAUGAAUGUGGCAAGAUAUUUAGUCGAAAUUGCUACCUUGCACAACAUCGGCGAAUUCAUACUGGAGAAAAACCUUUCAGAUGUAAUGAAUGUGGCAAGGUCUUCAGUCACAAGUCAUACCUGGCAAAGCACCAGAGAAUCCACACUGGAGAGAAACCUUACAAAUGUAAUCAUUGUGAGAAGGUAUUUGAUGAAAUUUCACACCUUGCCCAACAUCAAACAAUUCACAGUGGAGAGAAACCUUUCAGAUGUAAUGAAUGCGGCAAGGUCUUUAGUCACAAUUGCUACCUUACACGACAUCUACUAAUUCAUACUGGAGAAAAACCUUUCAAAUGUGAUGAGUGUGGUAAGGUCUUCAGGCACAAGUCGUACCUAGUAAGUCAUCAGAGAAUCCAUACUGGAGAGAAACCGUACAAGUGCAAUGAAUGUGCCAAUGUUUUCAGGUACCGGUCAUCCUUAGCAAAGCAUCAAAGUAUCCAUACUGGAGAGAAACUUUAAAAAUGUAAUGAAUGUGUUAAGAUCUUCACUCAAAUUUGAUUCCUUGUACACCACAGCACUGAAUGGGGAUAAAAAUCUUUUAACAAAUUCAGUGAGUGUAGCAAAGCUGUUAGUGUGUGUUUAAGCCUAACUAAGCAUGUAAUCCAUACUGGAAAAAUAACGCAAGGUCUUCUGUGACAAUUUCUAACUUGAGAUUCAUUGGAGAUUUGGUCCUGGAGACAGCUGAGAAAUGCAGCCAAAAUCUUCAGUCAUUUUUGAGCCUUAGAAAACACUGGAAAGUUCUGGCUGGGAAGAUAAUUUUCCUGUGUAGGAGGGCAAACCUUUGAUCUACUAACCAUAAGCUAAUCCACAGUGGAGAGAAACCUUACCAAUGUACUGGGUAAAACUAUGCCUUCAGGUGAAAAUCCAGUGUUACUAUGCACCAAAAAAUUCAAACUGGAAAGGAAUCUCACAAAUGGAGUGAGAGUAGCAAAUCUUUUAGGAUGUGUACUAAAUCCUUAGUACACAUCAGAAAAUGUACCCUCAACUAAAACUUUAGAAAAAUGUUACAUGUUUGGGAAAUCUGCCUUCAGACUCACUUCAGUACACAUCAGAUAACUCAUACUGCAGUAAAACUAUACAAAUGUGAUGAAUAUGGGUAUUCAUGUAAGUCUGCAUCUGUCCUGACUGCCCCAGUUCCCAGCCUCCUUGCCAGCAGAAGCACUGCUCUGCAGGGAACUCAGCUCAGCUCCUGAGGCUGUUAUCCACAAGCACAGGAAAGGAGAUAAGAUAGAGCAAGGAGUUUUGCAGGUCCUAGGGACAACUAGAGACACCAGAAAAUUCACAUGGGACACUUCAGAGGACUCUGCCCACUGAGAUGCAAGACUGCUAGAAAACUUUAACCAGAGAUGUUCAUUGGGACUUUCCUGUCCAAUGUGCCCUGCCUUUUCUCCAUCCCUAUGAAAGGGAUACACUUCUCUUUGUUUGGGGCAGAAGGUCUCAUCAUGCGCUCUGCCUGAACCCGGGCACAAUAAAUUCCAUGCCAUGUUGCUUUUGCACAAGCCUGGUGGUCUCUGCUGCUCAUGUUACAUUUUGGAGCCAAGACCCGGAAGGGAGACAAGCUCCUUUUGAAAGGCUUAAACCUCUCUUGAUCCUCUAUCCAAGCUAAGGCCACCUGGCAACAUCCUCAGAUCAAUUCCUACAGCUCUUGCUGCUGCUUCCAUGCCAGAUCUCACUGGGCAUUUCAGGUUGGGUACGCCCCCUGCCACCACAACGAUCUAAACCCAGGCAGCUCCCCAGUUCUCACCAUGCUGACUGCUCCAGAUUGGGUUAGCUUGCUCCCCUCUGGACUUUUAACACUCUGUACCUUUAAGGCCCCUGACCGCCUCCCCACUGUUGUACUGGCAGCGCUUUCAGCUCCCAGAGCUGUCACUUUUGGCUCUGAGGGUUUUUCUCUCUGAAACUUAACCCCAUCUCUGCUGAAACUCCCUCUUUGCAGUUGAGUGCUUUGAAAUUCUGUGUCUUACCUCUUGGGAAAAACUUCCUUCUCCUUCCAAGCCUGGGUAACCUGGCAAUACCCACACGUGGUCCUUCCCUGGGGAGACUGGCUCCCCUUGUCUGUUGACCAGUAGCUGUGACAGCUGCCUUGGGAUUUUCACCCACUCUCCUUUAUGGCCUUGGCUUUAACUGAAGACAUUCAGUAUAGGCCCUGCAGCCACUUGUUUUGCCUCACCUGGUGUGACAGUUACCUUUCUCUGCUCCCAGUGGGAAAUUUUCCUGCCUUGUUCUCCCACACUUCUCUGUACUCAACUAGAAAACUGUCCAUCUCUCCCUGCCUCUGCUGGCCUGCCUUCUGCAGAUUCUCAGACUUCUCCCUCCUGAUCUGAAGCCCAAAUGGCUCUCAGUGAGCAGAACACAGUGCUUUUAAGUUUUCCAUAACAAAUAACAAGAGAUACGAGUUUAUUUUUGUUUCCUAAUUGCUAAAUUAUGUUAGGUAAUCAUGUUCAUGUUUGCCAUUGUUUGUGCCAUUUAUAAAUCAUUUUAUGGUGUUUCUUUAAAGGAUGUUUUGUUCUUGUGAACAAGGUCUUACAUUUGUUGUAUAUAUAUAUAUUACAUUUAAACUUGAUUAAAGCACUUGACUUGUAA